CCAUGCUCGCGCUCGCGCUGGCGCUCGCGUCCUCGGCCUUCUCGCUGCGCCUACCGUCGCAGCCUCCCGCCGCUGCCGCGCACGUCGCGCUGCGCCGCGCCCUCGCGCCGCCUCGUACGGCGGUGGCGGCGGCGGCGGCAACCUCCACUCCAUUCGAGUUUGACGAACUGGGCGACAGCUGGAGCGCGAGCGGGGGCUCGUCGGUGGGUGUGCUGCUCCUCUCUGUCGGCUCGCCCGAGACGCCCGACGACGUCGAGGAGUACCUCUACAACGUGUUUUGCGACCCCGAGAUUGUGACGCUGCCGCCGCUGCUCUCGUGGCUCAAAAAGCCGCUCGCGUGGUUCGUCGCAAAGUCGCGCGCGGCCGAGGCGCGCGCAGCGAUGGCGGAGGUGGGGGGCGAGUCGCCGCAGGUUGCGACGGUGCGGCGGCAGGCAGAGGCGCUGCAACGCACGCUGGUGGCGCGCGGCGUGGACGCGUCGCUCUUCAUCGCGAUGCGCUACUGGCGGCCCUACGCUGAGGAGGCCGUCGCUCAGAUGAAGGCGCAGAACGUGACGCGGUUGGUGAUACUGCCACUGUACCCGCACUUUUCCAUCUCCACGUCGGGGUCGGCGCUGCGCGUGCUGGAGCGGAUGCUGUACAACACGCCCGGCUUCCCCACAAAGUCGACCGUCGUCCCCUCCUGGUUCAACCGGAAAGGGUACGUCGAUGCGUCGGCGCGCGCCGUGCAGAAGGCGCUCGCCUCUCUGCCCGAGGCGGAGCGGCAGACGGCGCAAGUCGUGUACUCGGCGCAGGGGCUGCCGCGCAAGUACGUCGAGUUCCUGGGCGACCCGUACCUCGGCCAGGCGGUAUUGACCACCCAGGUGGAGAGCGGCGUAGCGCUGCUGUCGGAGGAGCUGCGCGCGCGCGGCGUCUCCAACCCGCACACGCUCUCGUACCAGGGGCAGGUUGGCCCGUCGGCCGUCCCGUGGACAGAGCCCUCCACGGCGGACGUCAUCACGCAGCUCGGCGCGGACGGCACGCGCGCGCUCGUUCUCGUCCCAAUCUCGUUCGUAUUCGAGCACAUGGGCACGCUCAACGAGAUGGACCGCGAGCUCGCCGCCGUCGCCGAGCAGGCGGGCAUCACCUCCUUUGCGCGCGUCGAGACGCUGGGCACCGACCCCGACUUCAUCGACGCGCUGGCGAGCGUGGUCCAGGAGGCGCUGCCC